UGACGUAAAUUUCUUGGGAGCUCCAAGCUCCACUGCCGACUUCACCGCAUCACACCUGCCUGCACGAUUCACGAAGCGCAGCUCACCCCCCAACAAACCACACCACUAACACGAUCGCCCAAACGCAAACGACCCGCCACAAUGUUCCGUUUCCACAAGACCCUCGACAUUGUUACCCUCUUCCACAAGGCGGGCUCUCCUGCCUCCGUGAGAGCCGCCAACAUCCUCAAGCAGGUAUCGGCCAAUGCGACCGCUGGUGCGACCGAGGACCAGGCCAGCGACCACAGUGUCCAGACGAACCCUCAGAAGUCGCGCGCCGAGUUUGAGCUCAACAUUACCGAAGAGCCGCCGACCGCGGACCAGGUCAAGACCAUCCUGGAGUAUGUUGGAAAGAACAGAAUCUCGUCCAUUGUGAAGGGCGCGUCGACCGAACAGGAGGCCCUGAGGAAGUUCCAGCAGAACUCUGAGUCCUUCCAGAGACCCGUGACUGUGGACUGGAACAAUGGCAAGGCUGUUGUUGGCGACAGCGAAUCUGAGAUCCUCAAGAUGCUCAACGCUUUGAACAGCGAAAAGAGCUGAAUGCAACUCAGUCUUUGAUCACUCUUGAUGGCGGCCUCUUUACCACCUUUGUAUGACUAGAUACCUGCAGCCUGCCUUUGCUGGUGGUACAUUGCUUGAAUGACGAAUAUAUCACUUCUCUGACCUGAC